AUCGAGGUUGAAGAGGAAGAAGACAAUAAAUUUUGGAAUGGCAUUAGUCAUCAUACGCCUGAAGAUCGCAUCGCCAUUGCUGAGAAAGCGAUGAAGAUCGAAGAAAAAAAGAAUAAACCUUUUACAACGGAAGAGAAGCCGAAAUUGAUGACUAAAUUAUUCGCUUCGGAUGGCAGACCCUACAACAUUAACCAGCCUAAAGUGGCUUUCACACUUAACGACGAAGACAAUCGCGAUAACAUUAUUCUGGAUGUGGCUGUAUACAGAUACUUGGAUACAUCGUACCUAGACGUCGAUGUACAGCCCCGAUACGUGCGAGUUACCAUAAAAGGUAAAGUGCUCCAAUUAACUUUGCCAUGCGAGGUCCAGAUAGACAACAGUUCCGUUAAGAGAAAUGUGGUAACUGGUCAUCUAAUGGUGACCAUGCCGAGAGUUAACUCGUUAAAUGUAAUUAGUAAGCCCGAAAGUCGCCGAGAGUCUGUUUCGAAAAAGGCAAUCACUAAAAAGGUCGUACAAGCUGGGUUAACAAUGACUAAACGGGAACUUCUUGAAAUUGGCCCUCCAAAAGACGACAUGGACUUUUCCAAAAUUAUUGACAAUAAAUUGAAACAGCUGCAGGCGAAAAACAAUGAGACAGAGGAAGAAAUAGAUGAAAGUUUUAUCGACAACCCUGAAGUGCCGCCUCUUGAAUAACAAAGUACCAACCCUUGCAGACUUGAAAUCUAACAAUCCCUGGUCGAUCUCUCGGAUUUGAUUUCUUCUAUAAUAU